CAAGGCGUUUUCCUGACCCCUUCACACGAACCGCCAUGCUGCCUGGAAUCGGUAGUAUUUGAGGCCAUCGUCCCAGCAUUUUAAAGAUAGAGAAGGAUGUGUUUUCAGUCAUCACACCCACCACACACGUUACAAGACAUGCCAACUUCAAACAUGGCCUCCCUAACGAAUGUAAUUAACCCUCUCAAGGCCAUUGUGAAAGAUGUCGAGAAGGAGAAGAAGAUGAUUGUCCCCCUUGACUGCAGGAACCAGGACCUUGUGCGCCGCUUGAAUCAUUAUACAGACCAUCUUGAAUUCGAUCAAUGGCAUCGCAAAUGCCUCGUCUGGGUAUAUAAAGAGACCCGGAAUGAAAGUCUGGAACGAUUGUGCAAGGAGGUUGCAUCUGCUUUGCAUGAUGCUGUCCUGAAAGCUCAGUUGUUGUUGUACCAUACUAUGCGUCAUACGUCUCUUCCCACUCGAUACUGGUCAGCUCGGCACAUUCUUACGUCUGCACUGGUGGACGUCCUCAGCGCUUUCAAAGCUUUUCUUGCGGUGAACGAAGAGCCCGAUCUGAAUGCUGUCUAUAUCAACAGAGCCAUGGUUCUGGUUUACCUAAGGAAAACGUUUCGUCUGAUGUUCCUCUUCGGAAAGCUUCUAUCUCCGAUGGGUCAAGGCAGAGCCUACUUUCGGUUGUGGGAAGAGUCUUUGGCUGAGUCCAAUUUCGAAGAUUUCAGAUUCGACAGCGAUCUCGAAUAUGCUCAGUGGGACCGCCCACGAUUGGAAGACACAAAUCUGUCAGGCACACUCCCGGACCCUGAACACUUCCCUGGAAUUUGUCUUCCACACUAUCCUUCCCGCGCAAAAUUUGUUUUGAAUAUUGGUCCCUAUGGUGCAAGUGUCGCACCAAACAUGUUAGGUCCUCAAUAGGGUGAGAUUCCUCUCUCUUCCCACCAAAUACUCUUCAAGCGCAUUUA